AUGAGUCAACAACAGCAACCAGCAACUAUUCGUAAUCCACGUAUUCCUCCAGCUAAUCCACGUGCCAAUUAUACACCUCAAUCAUCGAAAAUAAUGUGUCCACCAUCGGCAACUUCAUCGAAUAGAACUGGCAUCGCCGGCCCAAUAACACCAAUGAAUGCGAGUAAUCAUCAAUAUUUGGUUGCUAAUUCAAAUACCGCUGUAAGGACAGCAAAAAAUGCCACCAUGAGAGACACUGUAAAUCAAUUAAAUGGGGUAUUAGCAGAAUUGGGUAUUGGAUUUAAAAUUCCUGAUGAACCAUCACCGACAUACCGCUUUGAUAUGGCACUGGAUGUUUUUGAAAUGCUUGUUGAUCCUCGAUUAUAUGUAGAUAUGCAGUGUCCAUUUCAUCCACCACCACCGUCGAAUAAAACAAAAAUUACUCUUCAUGAUCGUUAUAGCUAUUUUGAACUCGUUAUUUAUUAUUUACAUAUACCAAUGCAGCAAAUAACAAAAUCAAGUUUCAAAAAUCCAAUGUCAAAAGUUGAUAAUUUAACAUUAUUUGAAAUUCUCUUACAAUUUGGUCAGUUUCUUCUCAAAUAUUUUUCAUCAAAAAGUGAACAUCAUGAAAAUGACUAUUUAAAAGAUAUUAAAUCAAUAUUAAAAGAUGCCUAUUUAAAUCGUGGUGAUGCUGAACAAUUAAAAGAGUAUACACAAGAAUUAAAAGACGUCUUUUGUGAUAUGAGACAAAUAGAACAAAUUGAUAAAAUUGAAUAUGAAAAAAAUAUUCAAAAACUCAAGCAAAAACAUCAAGAAUUAAAACAAAAGAAAGAACAAGUGCAAUUGAAUCGAGAACAACUUGAAAAAGAAUGGAAUGAGUUAACAAAGAGAAACGAACUACAAAUGUCAGAGUUUAGUCGAAAACAAGAAUCGGUUAAUGAUGAAAAACAAAAAUUAAAUGAAUUAAAUAUUGUUGUACAAGAUAAAGACAUUGAAAAAAAACGUUUAACUGAACGUAAUCAAGAAUUAUCGGAUAAAUAUUAUUCUCAACAACAUAAUAAAGAUUUACAAGAAAAACUUCGUUCAAAUACCGAACUGAAGCAACAACAUGAAGUAUUACAGCAAACAUUACUGUUAGAGCAACAAGUACAAGAUUCAGCAACGAUUGAAUAUACAAAUCUGACAAAAAAGUUACAUGAAAGUCUCGCUAAUUAUCAGAUGAAACUAAAUAAUUAUAAAGUAAAAGAAUGUGUAUCACAAAAAGCCAAUGUUGAAUUAAUCGAUAUAUUAGGGGAAACAAAGGAAAAUGAUCCAUUGAAAGAGGCUAAAUAUGCUAUUGGUAUUAUUCGACAAGAUUUAGCCGAUAAAUUAUUAGAAUUGAGAAAACGUGAACAACAAUUACAAAAUGAAGCAAAAGCUAAUUCCGACGAAUUAAAAAAAGUUGAACAAAAUUGGAAAAAAGCUGCAAAACACGGUCAAACAAAGCAAGCACAAAAGGCUGAAUUAAGUCGAAUUAGCGAAGAAUUACGUUCAAAUCGUGAAAAAACUGCCGAUUAUCAACGAAUGACAAAAGAUAAACAACAGAAAACAGAAAAAAAUCUUAAAGAAAUAGAAACGAUUAAAUCUAGUGUGAAACAAUAUAGUAAACGUUAUGCUAAAUUAAUCGAGUCAUAUCGUUCUCAGUCGAAUUCAUUACGUAAUCAGUAUGAUGAAUUUUUGAAUGAUAUGAAAGAAGUGGCAGCCUCGUACAACCAAGAUGCCGAAGAUAUAGCGCGUUUAUAUAACCAAUAUAUCGCUAAAAUCGAUGAAGAACAUCGUUCAACAAAAGUCAAUGGUGAAUCGUAUGAUGAUCUCUUUACGUAUCAAGCAGAAAAAUUUUUCACACAUUUUACUCACAAUGGUGGCGAUGUCCAGGAAGAGGAAGAAGAAGAAGACGAUGGUGGUGAGACUGAUCAACAGAAGAGAAAUUUAAAUAAAUUAAUCAAACAUCAUCAAGGUCGACAUGAAGAAUAUUUAAAAUUAGUUAAAGAUCGAAAAAAGCAAAAAAAGGAAUUACAACCACUCAUUGAUUCACUAAAAGAAAUUUAUGACCAUCUUGAUGUGUUUAAAGACGUUAAAGUUGUUGAUAAGAAUUAA